AAAGUACAUUUCAAUAGGCCAAAGAAAAAAAGGAGAGUAUAUUUCAAGAAUGAAAAAUACACUCAUACGAUAUAAACAAGCCGGCCCAGCGGAUUCUCCAUAUUAGUCUUUAAAAGAGAGAGCAAAUACAAUUCAAUCCGACCACAGAAAAAUGGAAGAUGAAUAUAAUUUGUUCACUUUAGUCAUAUUUUCCAUCUUCUUGAUUUUAGUUUUCAAGUUAAUAUUUUCUAAACAUGCAAAUAAAAGAAAUCUCCCUCCGAGUCCCCCAGGCCUUCCGAUCAUAGGCCACCUCCAUCUCUUGAAAGAACCAGUUCACCGAACCUUGCAUCAACUUUCUAUCAAAUAUGGCCAUGUUUUGUUUCUCCGGUUCGGGACUCGCAAAGUCGUGGUAGUCUCUUCACCCACGGCUGUUGAAGAAUGUUUCACCAAAAAUGACAUCAUAUUCGCAAACCGUCCCAACUUGCUGGCCGGAAAAAUCCUCAAUUACAACAACACCACCAUGGGGUUUGCCUCCUAUGGCGAGUACUGGCGCAACCUCCGCCGCCUCACGUCUCUUGAGAUCUUCUCUGCUAGUCGCCUUGCCAUGUACACAACCAUCAGGGAAGAGGAGGUUAGGCUACUACUAAAGCAACUACACAUAAACUCGGGUGGCGAGUUUGUUGCGGUGGAGCUGAGGUCCAAGUUGGUAGAGCUGUCUUUCAAUAUCAUGACAAGGAUGAUAGCUGGGAAGAGGUACUUUGGAGAAGACAAGGUGAAUGAAGAAGCGAAGCAGUUUCGGGAUAUUAUGAGUGAGGUGGUGAAGCUUCAUGGGAAUUCGAAUUUAGGAGAUUACUUGCCAGUGUUCCAGUGGGUGGACUUUCAAGGGGUGGCGAAGAAGAUGAUGACGUUGAGGAAGAAGAUGGACAACUUCUAUCAAUUCCUUCUUGAUGAGCAACGUAAAAAGAGGACCGAGUCUGCUGCUCUAUCACUUGAUGAUGGAAGCCACAGCGGGAGGAAGAAGACAAUUAUUGAUAUUAUGUUAUCGCUGCAAGAUACUGAACCGGCAUUCUACUCUGAUCAAACUCUUAAAGGUCUUAUACUGACAUUGGUAGUUGCUGGUAGUGAGACUUCUUCGACAACUAUGGAAUGGGCAAUGUCACUUCUCCUCAACCAUCCAGAGGCAAUGCAAAAGGCUUUGGCUGAAAUUGAUGCUCAUGUUGGGCAAGGCCGCUUGUUGGAUGAGCAAGACCUCCCAAAAUUGAGUUACCUACAGAACAUUAUUAACGAGACACUUAGAUUAUUUCCGCCUGCACCACUUCUUGUGCCACAUGAGUCUUCAGAAGAUUGCACCCUUUGUGGAUUUGAGGUUCCCCGAGGGACAAUGUUGUUGGUCAAUCUGUGGACAAUUCACAGGGACCCCGAGCAGUGGACCAACUCAACAAAAUUCAUGCCAGAAAGAUUUGAAACAGGAGAAGGUGAAGGAUAUAAAUUAAUUCCAUUCGGUGCUGGAAGGCGGGCUUGUCCUGGGACUACCUUGGGAAAGCGGGUUAUGGCGCUAGCGCUAGGAAGCUUGAUUCAGACCUUUGAGUGGAAGAGGAUUGGCAAAGAGGAGAUUGACUUGACAGAGGGGACAGGUCUCUCCAUGCCCAAAGCCAAGCCUUUACAAGCUUUGUGCAAACCCUGCCAAGGCACCGCCAACCUCCUCUCUAAAGUGUGAAGCAUUUAUCCACUUUUGUUUUUUUGGUGUGUGGUGUGUGUUUUAAUUUAACAUGUAUGCCAGGCAUUCUUGCAGGCAGACCUUUUUAAGUUAAAUUUGGUGUUUAAAUUUGUAGUGAGACACUGUCUUCAUUUUUUCGUAAACCAAAGUGGCAACCUUGAAAUCAGACUGUCCUCUUUGAGGUUUGAGGCUGCAAGUUCAUCAGACGUUCAAAAAAUGCCAGUGAUCCUCUGCAUUCUGAGACCAUGACUUCAAGCAGGGUCAGGUUUAUGCUUCCUUACUACGCAAAAUAACUAGCCACUACUGCAUUACUAACAAAUCCAUCUUCUCU